ACUCCUAAGCCAAUUAUUCCAAUUCCGGAGGUGAUUAGUUUAGUAAUUUCUUGUUCGCGUUGUUUAUUAAGAGCCGGAGCCUUAGUUUUACAAUCUUUACAGCAAGCCGUAAUCUUUUUUUUCUUACCCGUUUGCGGGUCAAAUCAGUCAUUUUGA